CUACGAAGUAAAAUGAAAAUCUAGAACUGUUCUAUUUUUAAUAGAAUAUAUAUGGUCAAAAAGAGAUUUCGUGGAAGCUUUAAGUUUUGUGUUAAUUGGAUGGGUUGUUUUCCUUGUUUCGAUUCAAGGGAAGAAGAGAAGUUAAAUCCUGUCAAAGAGAACCAUGAUCGAGUGCAAGGGAGACCAACCGUUUACUCUAACAUUUCCAGCUUAUCUUCAGGUGGGGACAGGCUUAGAUCAAGAGGUAAUGGAGGGUCCGAAAGGGAACUACCAAGCCCCAGGGAUGGGCCUGGUGUCCAAAUCGCUGCUCAAACUUUUACUUUUUGUGAGCUUGCAGCUGCAACGAAGAAUUUCAUGCCGGAAUCUUUCUUACGCGAAGGUGGAUCUGGACGUGUGUAUAAAGGGCAGCUCGAGUGUUCUGGUCAGGUGGUUGCAGUCAAACGGUUGGAUAGAAAUGGUCUCCAGGGUAACAGGGAAUUUCUGGUUGAGGUUCUCAUUCUAAGCGUUCUUCAUCAUCCUAAUCUAGUUAACCUGAUUGGUUAUUGUGCUGAUGGAGAUCAGCGGCUUCUUGUCUAUGAAUUCAUGCCCUUGGGAUCCUUGGAAGAUCACCUUCAUGGUAAUAUUUGGUGCACUUCUAGUGCUCUAGUGAUAUAAAUUCUUUUUCGCAAUAAUAAAUUUUAUCCAGAGCAACUGUUCCUACGGCAAGCUUUAGAGCUUGACAAAGCUAUAUUCAACUUAUGAAUUUUAGCACUUUGAGUUUGGUGUAGCAUGUCAUUGUUAGGGUAAGGAACUUACAAACUUUUUGUAGACAUUAUUUUUCUAGCUCCAUAGAUUUUUCAUUGGAGACAAUGUUGUUCUGAAGAGGUAGGUAGUGUUAUCCAAAGAUACUGAAAUGAGUAUCUUUGACUGGAUAUGUUGCUAACAGAUUUGGGUAGAACAUAUUAUUUGGUCAUCUUUCAUGCCUGUUGUUUUUGUAAGUUGAACAAUACAUGAGAUCAUCUUGCUAGAAGAAAAUAUUUAAACUUUUACAUCAUUUCAAAUUUCAAAUUUAGGCAUUUAUCAUUCAUUCUCAUGUGGUGAAUAUAUUAUUGUUUUCUUUUAGUCUUGAAAAGUCAGUAAUAUUCAAGUAAGCUUCUAACAGCAUGCGAAAUAAAUGAUAAAUAAUUGCCCAUGAGGCUUUGUAGUUAUCUAUGCUUCUAGUUAUCAAAGAUAAUUUCUUUUUGUUAGCAAGUAAAGCAUUAGCAUAAUUAUUCAUAACAGCCUUAAAUAAAUUACUUAAAUAUUUUAGGGCAUUGCUGAAUUAUUCACUCUCUUUUUUUUUUUUUGUGUGUGUCUGUUAUCGAUUAGUUAAAGUCAAAUUAAACAUUUUCUUGUCUAAUAACAAGAUAUUCUUAUACUGUUUCUAUAUAAAACAACUUCAGUUAUUCUCUUGUUGUUUUUCCAUGAUAUUUUUUAUUGAUAUAGUGUCAAAUCUAUUUGAGGUGUCAUAGGAGCUUGUAUUAUUGUGGACUACCAAUAGAGAUAGGUGUAAAUAGAGUUAGAGCAAAAACAAAGAGAAAAGGGAGUGGUGAAGUGUUUAUUUCGUCUCCUUUCUAUAUGUACUCAUGCAUCUGAUCUGUUUUUGGACGGUCAAGUCAUUUUAAUCUGUUUAUCUUGCAUGGUAGAUACUUAGUUGUGGCUUUAAAUAUAUUUUAAUCUGUUUAUCUUACUUUGUAGAUACUUAGCUGUGGUUUUUACAUGUAUGUACUGAUGAGGUUAAUAUAUUUCUAUAAUUAAAAGUAAUGUACUUGCAACAUUAAUGUUUGUGCUUAUAAUUUUGGAUAAAACUUUGUUGGAAUAGUUGUCAUGUUGGGUUUUUCUGCCAUACUUUAUAGUUUGAGAAUUCAUACUGGAAAGUUUUAACGGAAUCCAAGUCUGUUGAGUUUUGCUAUCUAUGAGACGAGGACAUUGUUGUACUCCUUAGUUUUCAACAUGAGUUCAAGAUGACCUUGUGACUUGGCUAUUUGACAGCUAUAUUUUAUUAGAUUGAGGUUGAGCUUGGCAUUGUGGUUGACAUGCAAAACCAUGGUUUGCACUGCAACUGCUAUGCCAAACGAUGUGAACAUUUUCAGCCUAAUACCUCCAUGAUAAAGCAAAUCCUCCAACAUAUUACUGGAUGAAGGAUUUCACCCGAAGUUAUCUGAUUUUGGGCUUGCCAAACUUGGUCCUGUUGGAGAUAAAUCACAUGUUUCUACCAGGGUUAUGGGCACAUAUGGUUAUUGUGCUCCUGAGUAUGCCAUGACUGGUCAAUUGACUGUGAAAUCUGAUGUUUAUAGUUUCGGGGUUGUCUUCUUAGAGCUAAUUACUGGACGGAAAGCAUUUGACAGCACCCAACCCCACGGGGAACAGAACCUUGUCACAUGGGCACGUCCAUUAUUCAAUGACCGCCGCAAAUUUUCAAAAUUGGCUGAUCCACGAUUGCAGGGACGAUAUCCAAUGCGAGGUCUCUACCAAGCCCUAGAUGUGGCAUCCUUGUGCAUUCAAGAGCAGGCUGCCGCACGUCCUCUGAUUGGGGAUGUGGUCACUGCUCUCUCGUAUUUGGCAAAUCAGGCAUAUGAUCCUAAUGCAGCAGGGCAUGGCUACAGAGGCUCAGGAGAUAAGGAUGAUAAAAGAUGUAGAGAUGACAGAGGAGGAAGGGCAUCAAGGAAUGAUGGAGCAUCUGGCUGUAGGUGGGAUUUGGAAGGAUCUGAGAAGGAUGACUCCCCUAGAGAAACUGCCAGGAUUUUGAAUAGGGAUUUAGAGUAAAGACGUCUGGGUCAAUGUUAUCCUUGCUCUUGUAGGGUCCCCUUAUGUGAGAAACUUUUCAGUUGUCUGUACGUUGUGGUCUUCGUUGCACAAAACACACUUUACCAACUUCUUUAGAUAAUUUUCAACCAAUUUUUUGUUACUGUAUAUUUCAACGAGCCGUCUGGCUCUCAUCAAAAGGCUAUGUUUCAAGUUAGCCGGGUUUCAACUUUCUGGUCUCCCUCUUUCAACUCUUUAUCUGCUCCUUGUCAUAUCGUUAUGGUUAUUCAUUUUGUUUUAGGCCUUCGUUAUAAAAAAUUUUGUUAGUCUCAAAUAUAUAAAAAAAAAAAAAGGGAAAAAUAGGAUAGAUGAGAUAAAA